UAUCGGUCUUUUAUAUAUUUCUGUGUUGUUUUAGCACAUGAACUAUAAUAUUAUUAUAAUUUUAUUAUAUAUUUAUAAUUUACUACUAUAAAUAAGCAAUUUUGCUUCAAAUGAAUUGUGCAAAAUAGUAUAAGGGGAAGUAUAAAGCCCCCAGGUAAAGCACCACUCAUCUCGAUGAUUCGCAUAAGGCGCUCAAUUUGCAAACAGCUACCACAGCUAAAUAACAUUUACAAUGCUCUGGAGAUCCCGGUGAAGAAGCAAAUACUACAAAAUGGCCACCGGCCGAGCCUGGAAUGGAUUCUUCCUUCUGCGGUUGCGCAACAGGAAGAUGAGCUACUACGUGAGGUAAACGGGCUCCGAUUUGAUGACACCUACAUAGAGAAGGUCAGAACAGUUCCCAGCUCCGGACGCAAUGCAGCCAAGGUAGAGUUUCAGCUGCACCCGCAGGCAUUUGUGGAGAAUGUUUUGCGGAACAAAUCCAAUCCACCACCUCAACCCAAUUCAGAGCAUGUCGUGGUUGAAUACAGUUCGCCGAACAUUGCCAAACCUUUUCACGUAGGACAUCUGCGCUCUACAAUAAUUGGCAAUGUACUGGCCAAUCUGCACCAGCAUCUGGGCUACCGGACAACCCGCUUGAACUACUUGGGUGAUUGGGGCACGCAAUUCGGUCUGCUGGCGCUGGGAGUCGAGCUCAACAAUGUGAGUGACAAGACCAUGCAGACAUCCCCCAUUGAAACGCUGUACAAAGCGUACGUGGUCGCCAACAAGGCAGCAGAAGAAAGUCCAGAAAUAACCCAGCAGGCACGGGAUCUCUUCACUGCUUUGGAAGCGGGCACCGACGAGAAGAUGGCCAAAAAGUGGCAACAGUACAGGCAGUACACUAUAGAAGACCUCUCAAAAGUCUACAGCCGACUCGGUGUCCACUUCGACAGCUACGAGUGGGAGUCCCAGUACUCCCAGCAACAAAUACGCGCUGUUUUGGAUCGGAUGCGUGAAGCUGAUCUCUUGCACAGAGAAUCGGAUGGUAGGGAGAUUGUUAUUGUCGAUGGUAGGCGCAUUCCAGUGAUCAAAAGCGAUGGCUCCACCUUGUAUCUGGCCAGGGACAUUGCUGCUCUACUUACACGAUUGGAUCGCUUUGAUUUCUCUCGCCUACUGUAUGUGGUGGACAAUGGGCAAGCAGAUCACUUCAAUGCUCUCUUCAAGACAGCAUCUAGUCUAAGUGAUCGCUUAAGUUUGGAAAACCUGCAACAUGUUAAAUUUGGAAGAAUCCAUGGGAUGAGCACUCGCCAGGGAACGGCUAUAUUUCUAAAGGACGUGCUGGAUGAAGCUCGGGAUAUUAUGAGGGAAAAACGGAACAUAAGCGCAACAACCAAAGAAAAUACCUCUUUUGAUGACGAGCAUGUCUGUGAUAUUCUUGGCGUCUCCGCGGUGUUAGUAAAUGUCCUCAAACAGCGCCGACAGCGUGAUUACGACUUCAAUUGGAAACAAGCUCUUCAAGUCAAUGGGGACACAGGCAUUAAGCUUCAAUACACGCACUGCCGCCUAAACAAUUUACUGGAAAAUUUUAAAGAAGUUGAUCUGGAAGAUAUAAAGCCAAGCUGGGAUCACUUUGCCACAGAGCCACUGGAGGCUUUGGAUUUGGUUUACGAACUGGCUCGUUUCGAUCAAAACGUCUGGCAAUCGAAGGAGCAGUUGGAGACGUGUGUGCUGGUCAACUAUCUCUUUGGACUUUGCAACGCAACCAGCAGGGCUCUUAAGCGUUUGCCAGUAAAGCAGGAAGCUUGCAGGCAAAAACAAAGCCAAAGACUGCUCCUCUUUCACGCGGCGAAGAAGACACUGCAACAAGGAAUACAAAUCCUGGGUCUCAGACCUCUCGACCAAAUGUAGAUGAAAGAACGCAAGAAGGUCUUUUUAAUUGUUCACAUUUAUUAAAGCCAUGAGGACUGCCAUAUAAAAAAAUAGCGUGUUGCACAUUCACGUGUUCGUUUAGCGCUUCUUCCACGUGUACUUGCGGCGUGCCCCUUCCUGUCCAAACUUCUUGCGCUCGCGUCUGCGGUAGUCACGUGUCAGGAGGCCAGCUACAAACAUUGAACAUAAAUUGCAAUUAGCGCGAAAGUGUAGAUGGAGGGGUUUGGAGACACUUACCCAGACGCAUUGACUCAAUCAUCUCUUGAUCAACAAAGCUGCGCAAGCUCAUCGCAAUGCCCCAGCGAAUGGCACCGGCCUGACCGGAUGGUCCGCCGCCCUCCACAUUGGCCUCCACAUCAACUUUUCCCAACAUCUCGCUAAAUUGCAGCGGAAAGAGCAACUGCAAAUAGAAAGAUAAUGAUUUUUAAAAUUAGAAUUCGAUGAUUACCAUAACCCAGCUCUAUAGAGACAUCAAAAGGCCCCCAACUUUCCAGUAAUUGUACAGAGUGAUUGAAAAUCGUUAGCUAAUUUAAACAACUGCUAAUAAAAUAUAAAAACAACGAAA